CCCAAAGCGGGGGGGGGGCUCGGCUGUGCACGCGCGCUUUUGGGGUCACCGGGGCAAUGCGGCCAACCCCGCACCCCAAUAAGGGUGAGAGCCUUUUUUUGGGGGGUCCCCUCCCCGCAGCCCCGUGCCCGGAGCCCCCCCGGCUGCUCCAGCGCCGCCUCCGCGCGGUGACGAUCCCGAUCCCAAAGAUCCCAAAGAUCCCAAAGAUCCCAAAGAUCCCGAUCCCACCCCCGCCAUGCCGGCGGGCGGCGGCGCCUCCUCCGCGCCCCCCCAAAAUCGGGGUCCCCGGCCCCCCCCGACCCCCCUGGAUCCCCUCGGACGCUUUGUGUUGUUCUUGGAAAGUUUCGCACCACUUGUGAAUUCCCUGAACCUUGGCCUUGCCAGCCCCCUUGUGUUGGGCCCUCCUCCUUUUCAGCUUGCCCAAAUUAAGACCCACUUGGCUCUCCAGCACUUGGCUGCCAGCGGCGGGCGGGCACCUCCCCACGCUGGCGCCCGCCAGGCAUUGCUGAAAGACGCAAUGUUUAGCCCCAGAGGAACCUUGCCCCCGAGGCCCAGAGGACCCAACCCGUCGGGCAGCAAACCCCCGGGAGGUUUUGGGGCCGGAGGCGCGGCGGGGCCGCCCAGGAAAGCCGCACCCGCGACGCCCCAAGGAGCGCCGCAGAGAUUCUCGGGGCAGGACGCGCUGCAGUGGACGGGUUCACAGAGGAUCAACGUCCGCGUCACGCUGCACAGGGCCGAUCCCAGGAAAGUCAAGGAGAAGACCGGCCUGCACCAGGAGCAGAAGGGAGACCCGCGCGCCACUCGCUGGGAUGGCGGCCCCUGCCCCACCGGCACCGCCGGGCCAAAGCCGCCCGGCCCGGCGCCGGUCUUGGAGCAGAACUCCAACCCCCAGAACCGCUACACGCCCGAAAGCGCCUCCAGCAUUUUAGCGAGCUUCGGGCUGUCCAACGAAGACCUGGAGGAGCUGAGCCGCUACCCCGAUGACCAGCUGACGCCCGAGAACAUGCCGCGGAUCCUGCGGGAGAUCCGCAUCCGGAAGAUGGGCCACGCCGUGUCCGGGCUGCACGCUCCGAGCCGGGGGGAGGAGCCGGUGGGCGAGAGCGGCGGCGCCACCGUCAAGAGCAAAGUGAUCGACUACGGCCACGCCAGCAAGUACGGCUACACCGAGGACCCGCUGGAGAUCCGCACCUACAACCCCGAGGCGCUGCCAGAGGAGCCGCUGGAAGCGCGCGUCUACAAUCCCGAAAGCUCGAGCGCGGAGAUCCGGGAAGAAUUCCAGCGGGAGCAGAGCGUGCCGGUGGCCGUCCCGCCGCCCAGCGUGCCGUGCAACCCCGUGUUCCCGGCCGAAGACCUCAUCAAGCUGCCGGCUUUCCCAACUGACUCCUCUCCCACUCCAUCGUUUUUCCCGGCCGAGCCGCCGGCCAAGGUGCCGGUGCUGUGCGGCAGCGCGCCCGCCGCGCUGCCGGUGGUGAAGCCGGUGUCCCAGCCGCCCAUGCCGCCGGUGCUGCCGCCCAUUCUGCCGGCGCUGCUGCCCACGCCGCUGCCGCAGCCCAUGCUCCCCCCGGUGAUGCCGCCGCUGGUCCAGCCGCCCGUGUCCCAGCACGUGUUGCCGCCCUUGACGCCGCCGCCCUUCUCGGCCGGGCUCUUGGCCGCCAUCAGCCAACACGAGCAGAAGCAGCGCGACGCCGGCAGCGCCCACCCCGGGCCCAGCACUGCCGGCGGGACCUCGGCGGGACACAAACCCUACCACAAACCCUUCCACCCGCCGGCGCAGGAGCCCAUCAAAUCCCCGUUCGGGGUGGUGAAGGCGUCCUGGCUGCCCGUGUUCCCGGACCAGAAGAGCAAACGCCUGCCCACCCCGUCCAUGAUGAACGACUACUAUGCCACGUCGCCGCGAAUAUUCCCACAUUUGUGUUCUCUGUGUAACCUUGAAUGCACUCAUAUGAAGGAUUGGAUCCUGCACCAGAACAACCCCGCCCACCUUGAGAGCUGCCGCAGGCUGCGCCAACAAUAUCCCGAGUGGAAUCCUGAGGCUCACUCCUCCAGCAGCCCCAGGGGCAGCCCCCGGCCGCGGAGAUCGCCCGGCGCCGAGCGCGCCCGCCGCUCCAGCCGCUCCGAAGCCAGGAAAGCCGCUCUGGAGGCCGUGAUGAAAACGCUGGGGCCGGGAUUCCUGGCAGAAUUCCAGAAGCACAAAUCCCUGCAGGCGGCCGUCCAGGAGUCCCUGAGCUCCGGGAAACCCCACGGAAUUCCCAAGAAAACCUCCAGGAGCAUCCCGAAAAAUCCCCGGAAGGAGGGAGGGGCGGGACCCAGCUCUGCCCCGGAAGGCCGAGGGGCGACCCCGAAAAAAGAGAGGGAGGAGGAGGAGGAAUCGUCCGGGAAGAGUCAGCCCUACAACAGGCUGCUGAGGGAGGAGCUGCUGAGCUGCGGCACCGUGCUGCAGAUCUCGGAUCUGCCGGAUUCGGGAUUUUCCGACCAGGACAUCAAGAAGCUGGUGCAGCCCUUCGGGAAGGUCAGCGACCUCAUCGUGCUGCGCUCCCGCAACGAGGCCUACCUGGAGAUGAACUACAAGGAGGCCGUGAUCGCCGCCGUCAAGUUCGGGGAGACGGCGCCGGUGCUGCUCAACGGGAAACGCGUCCGGAUCAGCGUGGCCGAGAGGGCCCAGGUGGCGAAAAAAACGGUGAAAAAACGAGUCCUGAACCCCAAAAAAACUCCAACAAUCACCAAGAAAGUUCCAAGCACCAACACCAAGAGCCCCAAAGUCCUGACAGGGAAAAAGGAAAAAGUGAAGAAAACUCUGGGAGAGAAGAAAGUGAAGAAAGCCCCAGAUGAGGAAGGAAAAGCAACGGGUGAAGAUUCCGGGACUCCGGCCGAGGCCGGGCCGGAAAUUCCGGGAUCGGAGCCCUCGGAUGCCAACAAUCCCCAUGCCAACAAUCCCCAUCCCAACAAUCCCCAUCCCAACAAUCCCCAUCCCAACAAUCCCCAUCCCAACAAUCCCCAUCCCAACAAUCCCCAUCCCAACAAUCCCCAUCCCAAAUCCUCCCCGGAGCACGACGGGCUGGAGGACCCCGGGACAACCCUGGAGGCAGGGCCAGAGCCUGCGGUGAGCGAGGAACCCUCGGAUCCAGGCGGGAAGGAAGCAAUUUUCAUUGCUCUCAUCAAGGAGUCCGAUCCCAAGGUGGACGCUGCCAGUCUGCGCUCUCACCUGGUGCACCUGGGGAACCUCCCUGCCGAGGGUUUCCGGGAGCUGGAGCUGGUGUGCGCGGGGCUGCGCUUCGGCAAGGUGGAGCACUACGCCGUGCUCAGCAACCGCCACCGGGCCAUCCUGCAGCUGGACAGCCCCAAAUCCGCGCGCUCCAUGCACAGCUUCCUGCAGCAGUAUCCUUAUUCCAUAGGGGAACACACACUCACCUGCUCCUUGUCCUCCCACGGAGACAUUCCUGAGGCUGAAACCGGGAAAAGGGAAGAGAAGAGAGAAGAUGGGAGCAAAGGAAGCUCUGGCUUGAAAAAAAUUCCAGAGGGAUCAGGAACGGUGCAAAAACCAGCUGGAAAUCCAUCGGGAGAGGCCAGGAAAGGUCAAAUUCCCACCCCAAAUGUCCCGGAGGAGAUUCCAGCAGGACAACUGGAGAUUCCUGAGUCGCAGGCAGGAGGAGCAGCGAGGGAUUCGCCCGCAGGGAUGGACGUGGAGGGAUUGGAUCCUGGAACUGGAAUUCCUGUGGAUCCUGCUGGCAGCAAAUCACCCGGAGCGAGGUCGGAGGAGAAACCGGCGCCGCUUUCCGGAGCGGGGACGGACAAAGCUCGGGAUGAGCCGGAGGUGGAAAUCCAAAAGGAGGAUGAGGAACCCUCUGCUCCUGCCAUGGAACCUCUGGAAUCAUCCAGCAAGGUUAUCCCAGCGGCCGGAGGAACACCAGGAGCCAUCCCUGGAAUGUCGCCGAGCUCGGAGGAGGCUCCUGCGGUGUCACCCGGUGUCACCCAGCCCAGCACGGAGCCGGCUGCUCUGGAGGCUGGGAAAAGCAGCCAUGAAACAUCCACGGAGAGGAAAGCUGUCCCAAAAACUGUGGAUGCUCCAGGGAAAAAAUUGGAUGUGGCUGGAGCAGAGAGAGAGGCGACAGCGGAGGAAUCCGUGCUCAAAAUCGGGGAAAAUACAGGGAAAAUAUGGGGCAAGGCUGGGACAGAGACGGAGAAAACACCUGGAAAAAUACCAUCCAAGGGUGGGGAAAACUCUGGGAAUGCUGUUGGUGAGAUGCAUGGGGGAAGUUCGGUUAAAAUCCCACAAAAUAAAGGGACGGGAGCUGCAAAAUCCGACGAAAGCCGUGCGGCGGCUCCGGUAAAUUCCGCUGCAUCCCUGAAGGAAUCUUGCAUUGGAAAAACUUUUUUGAAGGCAGUGGUGUCCGUCCCGGACAUCCUGAAGCAGAGAAUUCCUGUCAGGAUCACCGAGACUUCCCUGGGAAGAACUGGGGAGCAGAAAAUCCCCCCCAGAGUGGGGCUGGAGAAGAAAAUCCCACCCAAAACAGUGGCUCAGCCAGGAGCUGGGAACAGCCAAUGGAAAGGGAAUGGAAAUUCCGGAGUGGAAGCACAGGGAGAUGGUGGGAAGGGCUCAUCCCAGCAGGAAAAGGAUUCCCAGCUGGAAUCUUGGGCGAGUUCAAAGCAGAGCCAGCAGGGAGAGAGCGGAACAGCUGGCAUGAAGGAAGAUCCCAGUGGGAAUCAGGCUCCUGGUGGGGGCGGUGCCGCAGCUUGUUUGAAGAGCGGCACCGGCAGCACUGGAAAACAGAAGGAGGAGGAAGAGCUCUUCCCGUUUAACCUGGACGAGUUCGUCACGGUGGACGAGGUGCUGGAGGAAGCCGAGUCUCCGGUGAUGCCGCGGCGGAACCCCCCGAGGGGGAAGAGAAAAGAAGCCCCCAAAGCCAACCCUUCGGAGCCGGUGUCCAAGAAGAGGAAAGGGAAGAGUUGCGGAGCCGAAGGUGAGCUGUCCUUUGUCACCUUGGAUGAGAUCGGGGAGGAGGAGGACGCCCCGGUGCCGCUGCCGGGCGUCGACCCCCAGGGCCUGGUGGUGGUGGAUGAGGUGGUGGAAGAGGAGGAGCUGUCGGAAGCGGUGAAGGAUCCGCAGGCGCUGCUGACGCUGGAUGAGAUCUCGGAGCAGGAGGAGCCAGGCUCCCAUGGGAAUGGGCCCCGGGUGGAAUUCGAGGAGCGGGAGCUGAAGGCCGAGCCCUUGGUGACCGUGGAUGAGAUCGGGGAGGUGGAGGAGCUGCCCCUCAACGAGCCCACGGAGCUGCGCGCCGCCGAGGAGGGAAAAACCAAUCCCGGGGAUUGCGCGGCAUCCCAGGUGCCCGACGAUCCCAACGCCUUGGUGACUGUGGAUGAGAUCCAGGAGGACAACGAGGACAAUCCUCUGGUGACUCUGGAUGAGGUUAAUGAGGAUGAGGAUGAUUUCCUGGCUGACUUCAAUCACCUCAAAGAGGAACUAAACUUUGUUACAGUCGACGAAGUCGGCGAUGAGGAAGAAGAAAACACUUUCCCAGGGAAGAACCCGCCCGAGGAUGAAGAUGACGAAGAUAUUGUUGCUGUUGCGGGACCAGAAGAAAUGGGAAUUUUAGGAGAUACAAAUCCAGAGGAUGAAAUGGCUGAAAUCUCCAAGCCAAAAGCAGCUCAGCUGGGAUCAGAAGAUGCAGAACCAAAGUCUCAGCAGAAGAAAGCGACUUUGCAAGGUGUCCCCAAGACGCAGAGCACUCCCAAAGCUCUGGACAUCCUGGUGCCAAAGGCCGGAUUCUUCUGCCAGAUCUGCUCCCUCUUCUACGCCGACGAACCCUCCAUGAUCAACCACUGCAGGACCCCCCUGCACCGGCAGAACAUGGAGAAAUUCAUGGCCAAGCAGCAGGACAGCGGCGGGGAGGAGCCGAGCUCCAGGUGAUGGAGCUUCCCAGGAAUGACACUUCGGGGCCAGUCAGUUCUGUGUGUUUGGAUUUCCUUUGUCAUUUGGGGUCGGGAAGGAGCAUCCAUGGUGUAAAAAAUUGGAGCUGGGAACAGACUAAACCCAAAGCAGGAGAGGGUUGGAUUUGUGUCUCCGAUCAUCCGACAUGGGAGAGACUGUUCCAGGUGUCUCCAGGAAAUAAAUGUUCUUACUGUAUAGUUA